AUGUUAAAAGGUCAAAAUAUUGGCCAUUACACUGGAGUUAUAUUUAGUGUAGUGUUCCAACUAAUUACCUUAAGUAUAUCUUAUAUUCAUGCAUGUUCAUCUUCAUACAUCAAAUGUAGUCCCAGAUUUGCAGUACCUGUGCAAAAACACAGACUUCAACUAAACUACAGUCUUCUUUCUCUCACUGCAGACAUUUCCACUGGAGUUAAUUUUGCUGGCUUUGCUAUAGAGAAUAAGAAUGAACAUGGUGUGAGUGUGACCAACACUGGCACAAGUGUUCUGAACAGUAAUCAGACCACAGUCUUCCUCCCUCUUGUUUACAUCAUCAUCUUCAUUGUGGGGUUGCCCACCAACGCCAUGGCCCUCUGGGUGCUCCUUUUCAGGAUGAAAAAGAAUCCAGUGUCCAUCUUAAUGGCCAAUCUAGCACUGGCUGACCUGCUCUUCAUCGUGUGGCUCCCACUGAAGAUCGCCUACCACUUCAACGGCAAUAACUGGACCUUCGGGGAGCCACUGUGUAAAGUCCUAGUGGGGUUUUUCUAUGGGAAUAUGUACUGCUCCACUAUCUUCAUAGCAUGCAUCAGUGUCCUGUGCUACUGGACAGUAGUGCACCCACUUUCUCAGAAACCAAAUAACCCUUCAACAGUCUACAUAUGUGUUUGUGUGUGGAUUGCAGUCUGGCUCAUCACUGUACCGCUCUACCUGUAUGACCAGACCGUUAAAGUCAACAAUCUCAACAUAACCUGCCACGACAUCACUCACCCCAGUCAAUCACAUUUCCCUGUUGGAUAUUUCCUGACUAUGGGCACUGUGGGAUAUGUAGUUCCAUGUGUGGUCUGCAUAGUAGCAUGUCUGCUGACCCUUCCCUCUCUCAAGGGAUCUACAACAGAUGCCAGCAAUAAUAAGAAGACAAAGAAGGCUAUAAUCCUCAUGGUUACUCUGGUGGUGAUGUUCCUGGUCUGCUUCACUCCCAGUAACAUCAUGCUGAUGGUGCAUUACUCUCAACUGGCUGCAGGGCUUCAGAAUGAUGUCUACGGUUACUACAUUGUUGCGUUGUGUCUGGGCAGCCUGAACAGCUGCCUGCACCCAUUUGUGUAUUACUUUAUCUUGGAGGAGUUUAGAGAAAACAUGAGGAAUACUCUGAUGUGUCAUAAUCAGCACACGAGAGACAAGACAAGAGUUUCCUACAAACCUGAGAAAACAUUCAUAGAAAGCCCACCACAUCCAACCAACACUUACAGUGCAGAAUCAGACUGA